AUGAUGAGUGGAAGAUUUCAGAAUUCUGGACGUGGUUCCAAUGGAAGAAAUGCUGGACAAAACAGUUCGCAGCAAGGCCGAGGUAAUGGUCAAUACAAUGGAAAUAAGAGUGGCAAUGGUAGCCAAAAAGAGAAGAAGUUUCAUCCUCUGACUAGAGAAAACAUUCCCGAAUUUAGCUUUGAUGAAGUAAAGAAGACAUUGGUGCUCAAAAUGUCAACUAUGAAGAUGGAUCAUAUUGAUGACAUGAUUCAGAGUGUGCGAACGAUGAAUUUGUUUGAUAUUGAAAGUGUGAAGCCGACAUUGGUAUUGGUAACUAAUGACAGCGAUCCUGAUAAGGAGAUAAAGAAUGAAGAAAGAAGAACUAAUUAUUUGGCUGAUCAAAAGGAUUGA